AUGCAGGAGGAAUUCCUGUUUUUACCACCAACCCUGGCUCUUCACAAGGACAUUAGCUGCAUAGCCUGGCAGGUAACAGCCUACCUUGGCUGGGAAGGCAAGGAACACAUCCCUGCAAGCCACAUGCCUUUCAACCAGGGCACUGGCCCCUCUCCGGCCCAGGGCAGCCCUGCCUUGAGGGAGAUGGAGCCCAAGGACCAGCCACUUGUGGUAGCACUUCGAAUCCGUCCACUCAAUGACGCAGAACUCGAGGAAGGAGCCACCACCAUUGCCCACAAAGUGGGUGACCAGGUACUGGUGCUCAUGGACCCUGGUGAAGAGCCCGAGGACAUGCCACGCACACACCGGUCCCGGGAGCGCACCUUCAUCUUCGACACCGUGUUUGACCAGCACGCGUCCCAGGAAGACGUGUAUUGUGCCACCAUCCAGCAUUUAGUGGAAGGCGUCAUUUCUGGAUACAAUGCAACGGUGUUUGCCUAUGGCCCCUCAGGUGCAGGGAAGACCCACACCAUGCUGGGCAUGGACGCAGAGCCCGGUAUUUACCUGCAGACCCUCACUGACCUCUUCCAAGCCAUCGAGGAGACCCGUGAUAAUAUGGACUACAGUGUGUCCAUGUCUUACCUAGAGAUUUAUAAUGAAGUGAUCCGGGACCUCCUAAACCCAUCCUCAGGGUUUCUAGAACUGAGGGAAGACUCUAAGGGCAGCAUCCAGAUUGCUGGCAUCACAGAGGUCUCCACUUCCAAUGCUCAAGAGAUCAUGCAGCUCCUCACCAAAGGCAACCGGCAGCGCACACAGGAGCCCACAGCUACCAACAAGACCUCGUCCCGCUCCCAUGCCGUGCUGCAGGUCACUGUGCGCCAACAGAGCCGUGGUGUGGAGCUGGCAGAGGAAGUGCGUGUUGGGAGGCUCUUCAUGGUGGACCUGGCGGGCUCAGAGAGGGCAUCCCAGACCCAGAAUCGAGGCAAAAGGAUGAAGGAGGGUGCGCACAUCAACCGCUCCCUGCUGGCGCUGGGCAACUGCAUCAACGCGCUCAGUGAGAAGGGCGGCAGUCGGGCUCAGUAUGUGAACUUCCGGGACAGCAAACUCACGCGCCUGCUGAAGGAUGCCCUGGGAGGGAACAGCCGAACGGUGAUGAUUGCUCACAUCAGCCCAGCCAGCACCUGCUUUGAGGAGUCACGGACCACCCUGCUCUACGCAUACAGAGCAAAGAACAUCAAGACACGGGUUAAGCGCAACCUGCUUAACGUCUCCUACCGCAUCGCACAGUACACGGAUGUCAUCUCUGACCUGCGCAGGGAGAUUGAGCACCUCAAAUCAAAAAUUGAGAAGCAGGAAAAGGAGAAGAAAAGUGAACCUGGUGUCCGGGAUGCACAAGGGGAUGACAAACUACAUGUGAGCACUUAUAGCCGUCAGCAGAUGGACAAGAUCCGAGCCCAACUCAUUGGGGCCUUCAAGGAGCAGAUGGAGAUGCGGCGCAGCCUGGUGGAGCUCGAGAACACCAACAUCGAGCUGCACAUCGACAUGUCCCGCCACCUGCUCACCAUUGCCGACUGGGAGCAUGAGAAGACCCACCACCUUGCACACAGGGACAGGAGUGAGCCUGAGAAAGAUGAGGAGCCGGUGGAUGCUGAUGCUGAGGGGGACGAGGGCGAGUUCACGGAGCCACAUGAAGUGGCUCUGGCCAGAGAGGAGGUCAACCUGCUUUUAGCUGAGCAGCGGAAAACUGCAGCCCUCAAGGCCGGGCUGGAGCAGCGACUGGCCAAUGCCAAGCGGAAGGUCUCGCAGAUGGAGAAGCUGCUGCCCAAGCAGGUCACCAGCGAGGAGCAGCGGGAGGUGCUGCGGCUGCUGUGCAGGGCCCACCAGCUGGAGGUGGAGAACACGGAGCUGCAGGCCAACAACCUAUGCCGGAAGAACCUGCUGUGCCAGAAAGACUUCGUCAUCCAGCGCUACCACCAGCAUCGGCUGCUCUGUGAUCAGGUCAUCCAGGAGCAGCAGCAGCUGAUACAGGAUGGUGGCAUCCCAGUGCCAGAGUCCCUGAACAAGCGGUUCCAGCUGUACUCCCAGGAGUUGGGCGAGGGCACGCUGAACCGCCUCCUGCUGCUGCACUCUGUGAUGGCCAGUUCACUCCGGGAUGGCUCUGUCCUGAAUAUAUCUCCCCCACCUGAGGACUCCAGCAGAGACCAGACCAGCGACAGGAAGGACCUCCCAUGGGGCGCCCAAUUUGAGCUGCCUCCAGUGCUCCUGGAGAGAGACAGUGAUGGAUAUAAGUCAUCGAAAGCCACACCUUCGAGAAAACUGGGAAAGCAAGAUUCUCUUCUCCCUCCACCAUCCCUCCGCAUCCUGCUGACCCCUCCAAUUCAUGAGGAUUCAGCCAGGGACAACAGUGACAGCCUGAUAGCAUCUGACUGUCCCCUGUACUGGUUUCCUGCAGAAGCCGAGCUCCCUGAGCGUGAAGAACUUGGUCUCUAA